AUGCCCAGCGCCGUCAGUAAACGGCAGCAGCAACGGAAUGAGAAAACCUUGCAGGACCUCAUCCGCUCAGUUCCCGGUAAUGAUCGAUGUGCAGAUUGUGGCGCAUUCAACCCAGCUUUGCAUCGCAAGCUGGGCACGCACAUCUCCAAGGUCAAGUCCCUGAGCAUGGACACAUGGACAUCGGAACAGGUGGAUGUGAGUCGAACCGCGCUGGGGCAACAAACUGAUAAAGACCCCUUCGCUAACACAAGACAACCCGUCCAGAAUAUGAAAUCACACGGAAAUAACCUCAUGAACAAGAUCUUCAACCCCAAGAGCGUUCCACCCCCGGUUCCCAUGGAUGUCGACGAGGCCGAUUCGAGCAUGGAACGGUAUAUCCGGCAGAAGUAUCAGCAUCGCUCGUUGGAAGAUGGGAAACCGAAGCCCCCGAGCCGGAAUGAUUCUAGCUACGAUAGAUCUCCCGAGGGCUCACCACCUCCCCUGCCGCCCAAGUCCGGCAGGUUCCCCGGUCUCGGCUUGCGGUCCGCCUCCUCCACCUCCAACCUGCACCGGUCGUUGAACAGAUCCUAUGCUACCGACUCGCCGCCAUUCCGGAGCGUAUCCAAUUCCCACUCUGGUUCCCAAGGUUUCGGCGCUUCCGUCCGUGACACAAACGAUGCGUCGUUUGAUGCGAAGAUGACCACACUGAGGGAUAUGGGGUUUACCAACGAGCGCCGAAACGCCAGUGCAUUGAAAGGCUUGGACGGGAAUCUGAACAAGACAAUCGAGACUCUUCAGAGGCUGGGAGAGGGUCCUCCCACGCUGGGACGGACUGCGGCACAAGUCAAUGCUGCCAAAAACACGUCGGACAACCCGUUUGAUCAGCUUGACUUCAAACCGGUCACCCAAGUCAAUGGCUCCUACAACCCCUUUGACGUGCCAACUUCACAACCGCGGUUGCAAUUGCAAUUGCAACCACAACCUGCGCAGUCUCUGGAAACAUCAUUUCAGAAUUUGCAGGUGUCACAGCCCUUGUUCCCGCACUCUACUGGGGGAUAUCCUAUUAACCAGUCUUCACUUCCUCAGCCUCUUUAUCAGCAACCGCUAACCCCUCCCGUUACCUCGACCUUCGCCCAAAGCACAUUUGCCGCAUCCCCACAAGCGUUCGACGGCAGCCAAAACCCAUUCUUUCAGUCAGCCGCGCAGCCACAGGCCAGUUUCACAAGUACGCCGCUCACCCAGAGCCCUGGCGUGGCUCCGACGAACCCAUUUUUCAGCCAGUUCGGAGCCUCGGGGGCUUCGGGUCAGCCGCAAUUUCAAACAACCCCCGGAAGUGCAUUGCACAACCCGCCCCGACAUGCAAAUACGAUGCCAGCGGUAUCUUCCACAUCGCCUUUCGGGCCGAUGUCAUCUUUUCAGCAGCAGCAACAGCAACAACAACAGCAGCAGCAGCAGUAUCCGCAGAGUCAACUGCAGGCUCAUCUGCACUCCUUCCAGCAGGGCCAGGGCAGUCAAAACCCCUUCCACGCCAUGACAGCCCAAGUUUCGCCGCAGACUGGUGGCUAUCAAUCUCAAUACCAGUCACAACUACAGCCUGGACUGCAACAGACAAGCCAGUAUCUUGCCGCACAACCCACCGGCCGCGUGGACAAGGGUAGCAUUCUUUCCUUGUACAGCCUGCCCCCUGCACCAGGAAGCACUGGGAUAUCCCAACCUCAGCAAUUGCAAGCCUCCUCAGGAGUGUCGCUGCAGCCAGCACCGCAGAUGCAGCCGAUGCCCAGUAUCAACGCUCCGCCGCAAGCAGCUCCCCAGCCGACCGCUGAUCCCCAAUUCGGCGGAUCCCGCAAUCCCUUUAUGAACGGGCAACCCGGCGCUGGCACGAGUUUGGGACUGACAGCGCCCCCGGCUCAGCUGAACGGCACCUUCCCACGAACCCACAUGAGCCAGCAGAGCGUGGACAUCAACGGCUUCCAAACGGGCCGGCACAGCCCAGACGCCUUUGCCAAUCUGAGCGCGCGGUACGGUUAG